AUGGCUGAACCGCAAGAAAGACUUCUUGGGAAUUAUGGAGGAGCAAACGCCCCAUUGGAUCAUUUGACUAUAGUGAAUCAACUAGUGAACUUUCCAAAAUUUCAGUUGCACCCAACAACCAUCCGUCAUCUUGAAAAAAGGCCUUUUACAGGAAAAAUAAAUGAAUAUGCAAAUAAACAUCUGCAAAGGUUUCUUACUAUGAGCAUUACUUUGAAGAUUGAGGGGCACACCGAAGAAGCAAAAAAAUUGAGAAUGUUCCCGUUCACUCUAGUUGAAGACGCCAAAAAAUGGUUUUACUCAUUACCAGCUGGAAGUAUUACUACUUGGGAACAGAUGGAAAUAAAUUUUCUGAAUGAGUAUUUUCUUGCUUUUGUUUAUAUUCGAAAAAGAUAUGAUGUUGUGAAUUUUAAGCAGAAGGAAGGGGAAUCACUGGGUGAUGCUUACAAGAGAUUUAAAAGCUCAGGAAACUUUACAACAACCACUAGUAUCAAGAAGAUUAUAGAAGCCAUUGCUGCAAAUGAACAUCUAGAGUUAUAUGACCGAAGUGUGAGUAAACCAGAAGGUGUGAUUGAUUUGAAACUUGCAAAUCGGGAUGUGAAGAUCGAAGAACAAGUUGAUGCUGAAGUUGAGAGAAGACUUAAGGCUAUGAAUAUAGGUACUAAAAAAGUAGCCCAAGUUCAACCUGUUCAAGCUGUUAAUUGUGAGAUCUGUGGGGGGCCGCAUUUUGCCAUGCAGUGUGUUGCAACCGCGCAACAAAUUGAAGAGAUAAGUUUUUUGAAGCAGAACAACCCUUAUUCUAAAACUUAUAAUCCAGGAUGGAAGAACCAUCCAAAUUUCUCCUGGAAAGAUCAGAAAGGGAAUGUUCAAAAGCAGGUACAAAAUCUGAGACAUCAUGAGAAUGUUAAUAUUGUCACAACAAGAAGUCAAAAAGUUGCUAAAUAUGAAGAAGAGAAGGAAACAAAUCAUGACCAUGUCAUAGAGGUAGAUCUGGAAGUGAGGGAGAAUAAAAAAGAACCAGAAGAAGUUAUACCACCCGUAAAUCCAACUGAAAAUAAAAAUAAAAAUGAGGCUAAAUCGGUGAUUAAGUUACCUUACCCUCAGAGAGUGAUAAAGAAGUAUCCAAAAGAGAAAAACUUUGAGAAAUUCAUCACAAUGUUCAAAAAGUUAGAGAUCAAUAUGCCUUUGUUUGAAGCACUGGAGCAAAUGCCCAUGUACCAAAAAUUUAUGAAAGAGGUAAAUUCUAAAAAGGAACCCAUAGGAGAUGGGUCGGUAACCUUUAAUGAAAACUGUAGUGCAAUAGCAUCAGGUAGGAGAAUCCCAAUCAAGCAGAAGGAUCCUGGAUCUGUCUUAGUCUCAUGCACUAUAAAAGACAAAACUUUCAAGAAGGUACUAAUCGAUUCAGGAGCCAGUGUGAGUCUAACGCCAUUGUCAAUCUAUCAAAGGCUUGGUAUUGGAAAAGUCAAUGAUCCAUGGACAAAUCUGAAAUUUGCAGAUCAUUCCAUAAAUAAUGCAUAUGGGAUAGCGGAAGACAUAAAUGUGACAAUAGAGGAAUUUAGCUUUCCUGUUGAUUUUGUGAUCAUGGACAUGCCUGAGGAUGAAGAGACACCUAUCAUUCUAGGUCGACCAUUCAUGCAGACAAGUCAAUGCAAUUUUGACAUAGAACAUGGUACACUGACUUUAAAAGUUUAUAAUGAUGAAAUAAUCUUGAAUAUGCUUGAAAACAGGAAGCAAAAGGCAGAAAAUGAAAAUCACUACCAAGUAGGCAUGAUCAUGACAAAUGUGAAAGGACAAAGUAACAUGCCAACAUCUGAAAAAGUAUCAAGAAGGCCAUCUCAAAUGGUAUCACCUCCAUUAGCAACCCUGAGCGAAAAAACUCAUAUUUCCAUUCCAAAGCCCAUGAGAAAGAAGAGAAAGCAAUAUCAAGGUAAGGAUAUGGAAGUUUGA